GUGGGGACCAGAGCCAGUGGCUCAAGUCCUCACAGUGGACCAGUACCAGUCCUGGUUCCGAGCACUGCCUCCAGAAGCUGGCUGAGGGUGUCCACCCUGCAGAGGCAGCAGGGCCCUGCCCCAGAAGGCCAGAGCGUGUGGCCUGUGCCCGUGGCUGCGGAGCCAUGCCCAGACUCUGCUGGGCCCUGCUGCUGCUCCUCACGGUGGCUGCAAUCCUUGAGUCCAGCGUGGUGCAAGCCUGGAGCUCCUCGAAGGUGGUGCGGCCGUUCCAGGACAUCUCCUCGUCCUACGUGUAUGUGCAGCAGGCAGUCUGGUACGCCAUGAAGGACUACAACAAGGCCAGCAAGGACAAGUACAGCUUCCGCGUGCUGGAGAUUCUGAAGUCCCAGGAGCAGGUCACAGACAGCCUGGAGUACUAUAUUGAAGCCAAAAUUGCCCGAACGAUGUGCAAGAAGGCUGCCGGAGAAAAUGAACACUGUUUGUUUCAAAAGGAUCCCAACAUGCAGAAGGUGUUUUUUUGCACUUUUAUUGUUAGAUCUAAGCCAUGGAAAUUUGAGCUGUCCAUGCUGAAGAAGCACUGCACAGAUGCCUAGUGGGUUUCUGGUUCUCCGCAUAUACAUUCUGCUUGGCGAGGAGUAAAGGCCUUUGAGAUGCCCAAA